CCUCCGCUUCUCCCGCAGCUAAUUCCGGUGCAGCGCUACCCUCCAGAUCUUUCGGCAGCGGAUGUUGUCGGCAACUCGGAGACUGCAUGAGUAUGGAUUCCAUUGCCCCACCACCCAAACUCAAACAGCAGCAGCUUCUCAUCACCCAGCUGGAGCAGCAGGUGGCGGAUCUGGAAACACAAGUAGAAAAGCAGAAGGAGCUGAGGGUUAUGUACCGAAAGCGAAUGGAGAGAAGCCAAGACUACCUCAGGUUCUGCCUUCAGAUUGCACAAGACCAUGGCUUCUUGGACCUCAUCAUUGGCAACAAAGACUACCAAGAAUGUAACGUCUCUCCCAUUUCAAGCCCUACCCUCCCUGCUUCAGCUUCACCACACCAACAAUACCACUCUCAACUCACCGCCCUCGCCAACCAGGCCACCCUCAACGGAUGGUACAUCCACCCCCAAGAGAUUGAGUUGCAAGAAAAGGUUGCUGAGGGAAGCACGGCCGAGAUUUACAAGGGAGUGUGGAGAGGGCUGGACGUCGCCGUCAAGUGCAUCUUCCCAGAUUUCUUCCGCACCAACGACAGCGGGGUGAGUUUCUUCCUCCAAGAACUGGACACAUUGUCCAGACAGAGGCACCGCUUCGUCCUGCAGCUAGUCGGGGCAUCACUCGACCCACCCAACCACGCCUGGGUGGUGACCGAGUUCCUGGGGACGACCCUCAAGGAAUGGCUGCACGGCGCUGGCAGCCGCAGCAUGGCCAGGUCCGUCCCCUUGCCUCCGCUGCCGGAUCGCCUUGCCAGGGCCCUGGAGAUUGCUCUGGCGAUGCAGUACCUCCACGAGCAGAAGCCCAAUAAGGUCAUCCAUCGCGAUCUCAAGCCCAGCAACAUCUUCUUGGACGACGCCAACCAUGUCAGGGUUGCCGAUUUUGGCCACGCCAGGUUCCUCAACGACCAAGAAAUGGCACUCACCGGCGAAACAGGAACUUACAUAUACAUGGCGCCAGAGGUGAUUGCUUGUCAGCCUUACAAUGAGAAAUGCGAUGUCUACAGUUUCGCCAUCAUUCUCAACGAGAUCGCCACCGGAGAUUACCCUUACAUCAACACAGAUUUCGGUCCUAGCAAGAUCGCAAUGCAAGUAGCUGAGGGAAAUCUGAGACCCGCACUUCCGGAGGACCAAGAUGGGCAGCUGGUGGAGCUAAUUGAUCUCAUAUGUGUGUCCUGGGAUCAAGAUCCUUCUCUGCGGCCCUCUUUCGCCACUAUCACUUCCGCUCUGAAGGAAAUUCAACGAACAAUCACAUCACAUACUUCACAGCCCACACAAGCUUUAGAUCUUCGUGUUCUUUCCUGAUUACUCCAUACGGAGUAGGACUGCCCCAAUACUUUAUUGUGACAUAGGAGGUAUAACCAUUAUGUUGGUUAACUAUACUGCAAAUGAUUUCGGGAGUAGAGUGAUACGUUCAAAACGGUGAGACCCACUCCAGGGUAAACUGAUUACAGUAACAGUAAUUGAACAUCAAAUCCAGGGGGGUAGUACUCUCAAAGUCUCAAGUACUGUAUUUUGUUAAACCAUUUUUCUUACUGCAUCGCAAUAGACAUUCUUACAGCCAUUACUAGACAGAAGAAAGUUGUACCUUACGCGCUUACCUUACAACUGUACAAGAAUCUUUGCAAAUCAAUACCCUCAAUGAGGCAUGCAUGCUUCAUUGGUAUAGAUGACUACACUAUUCUGAGAACCGAAAGGGUACCUUGGCAAGAAGCUAUCAAUCCACGAGGGCUGCAACUUCCCGCACCACAUAUUAUGCUUCCCAAGCUGUUGAGGUGGCAGUGGGAGACACAUAUCAUCUCCACAAAUAAAGCACAAAAAUAUCAUCUUGCUCAUGUUCCUUGCAUAGAGGCCAGGUUACAAAUAACGCACAAACAUAUUACAAGGUCCAGUAAACUGUACACUGAAGAAGACAGCUUUUGCUACUCUAAACCCAACUUCUUUUGCCAAUUGCCAGUACCACUUUCAGUGCUGAAACAGGAGGGUACUUGGCUCUUAUUCACUAUCUUUUGUUAUUAAUUUCUUCCCAGUAACUUUCAUCUCCACAAGAACACUCGCCAUCCUUGAAAUGGUGGAACUCCUCUGUAUCCCUGACAGAAAUUUCCCGACGGACUACCUUGGAGAUGAAUUUGACUAAACUAUGACAGCUUCGGCACAUGUAGAGAUUCUUGGUAACCCAUAUAGGCAACCCAGGAGCAGUAUUAAUUAGUCCAAAUGCAAUCGCUUGUCUCUCACUGUGCCCACAAAACAUUUCGGCUUUUGAUCUGUCCGCUUCAUCAUCUAUACAACCGCAAUCUUGACCAUCAUGCCCAGCUUCCUUCAUUUUCUCAUAAAAUCCCUCCAAUACUACAUUUAUAUCUUUUGCUUGAGGAUGAUGGCAAUUAUCACCAGUCAGAAAAGCGUGAACUUUGCCUUUUGCUUCCACCCAACUGCAACCAGGAUCCAGAACUAGCCCUGCUUCUUUCAUCUUUUCUCUUACUUUGAUAACUUGAUCCCAUUUACCACUGUCUGAAUAAAGAUUACACAAGAGAACAUAGUAACCAAUGCUUCCAGCCCCCAGAUUGAAAAUAUUAUGAGCUGCCAGUUCUCCGAGCUGGACAUGCCGGUGAAGUCUACAUGCAUUCAAUAAGGCUCCCCAAACUGCCUGAUCUGGUUGUAUUGGCAUGUUCAUAAUAAACUCAUAUGCUCUCUCCAACUCCCCAGCCCGUCCAAGCAGAUCAACAAUGCAGGCAUAAUGUUUCAGAUUUGGAUUGCCAGAACGUCUCGUCUUGAUACUGUUGAAUAGCUCCAAACCUGCAGUGACCAUCCCAGAUCUACUACAUGCGCAUAAAAGAGAAACAAAUGUUAUGUCAUCAGGAACUAUGUGAGAAUUCAACAUUCUCCGGUAUAACUCCAUAGCCCAUGCUCCUUGUCCCCUCCGGGCAUACCCUCUCAACAAAAUAUUCCAAGCCCCCACAUCUGUCUUGUUCAAGUUAAACUGAUGCAGUGCAGGUCUCAUCCUUCCACACCUUACAUACAUAUCAAGAAUCGCAUUUGGUAGGAAACCGUCGAAGCCAGUUCCGGCCUUCAAUACAUGAGCAUGAAUCUCUUUUCCACACAUCAAUGCACCGAUUCUAGCACACGCACCCAAAGCAGAAACUAAAGUAACUGAAUUUGGUUUCGUGGUUCUAAUCAUUUGCCAAAAGAAUGACAAAGCCUCAAUGCACUGAUUGUUGAUUCGAAGGCCAUCAAUAAUUGAAGUCCAGGAUACCACAUUCUUUUCUGGAAUUUGAUGGAACACGUCCAAAGCCUUGUCAAUGGAAUUACACUUAGAGUACAUGUCAAUGAGCGAGUUUGCUACGAUAGUGUAUGAGGCAAGUCCAGUCCUAGUGGCAAGCUUAUGAAGCUUUACACCUAUAUCCAAAUUCCGUAGACUAGCACAAGCAGAUAACACACUGGCUAUUGUUAUCUCAUCAGCUACAAUUCCUUCCACAACCUCCAUGUUCAAGUAAGUUUCCAAAGCCUUCUCAGGCAGCGAGUUAUCCUCAUAACACGAAAUCAAAGCCGUCCAUGACACUAUAUCUCUGGAUUCCAUUCCUGAGAACAAUUUUUCGGCUUCUUUCCAUUGGCCAACACUGGAGUAUAAUUCAAUCAAGGAGUUAGACACUGAAACAUCAUUGGCAAGCUCAGUUCUCAUCACAUAUCCAUGAAUUUCCCUCCCCAAUCUAUUAUCAGCAAGAAGGCAACACGCUGAGAUCACACUCGUCAUAGUCAUCAAAUCUGGAUUGAUGGAAAGCUCUCGCAUUUUGAAGAAUAACUUUAGCCCUCUUAGACAGUCCCCAUUCUCGAAAAACCCUGAAAUCAUUGCAUUCCAAGAAAUUGUAUCCCUGAUGAACAUUGUAUCGAAUAAUUUGCCUGCCAUUGCCACUUCUCCACACUUAACAUACAUGGUAAUCAGAGCAUUCACCACAUCAACCUCCGAUUCGAAACCAAAUCUAAUAACAUGAGCAUGGAGCUCUCUUGCUCUCACAAUAUCCUGAGCACCACCGCAGCUCCUCAAUAUACAAGGGAAAGUGUAGACAUCAGGCCUAAUGCCAAUCCACAACAUUCUAUGGUACAAACAGAGAGCAUCAUCAAAGAAGCCACCUUUAGCAUACCCGCCAACAAGAACAUUCCAGGAAAACAAAUUCCUCUCGCCCAUUCUCCCAAAAACAUUCCAAGCACUACCUACAUCGCCGAACCUCACAAACAUACUCAGCAACGCAUUUCCAAGCCUAAGACUCAAAGGGGACAGCAAGGAUUCCAACACAAGUUGGUACACAUAACGACCUUCCUUGCGUCCUCUCCGGAACUCGCAGAGUCUCACCAGGGCAAUAAAACUCUCCUCUUCAAUCGGAGCUUUCUGCAGCCGCAUCGAAUCGAGGUAUUCCAGAGCUGGUGCGAGGUUCCCAUGAAGACAAAGUUGGAGCAAACCCGAAUUCGUGGGUUUCUGGGCAGGGAGCGAAGUGAGGGUGUCGAGUGAUGAUUGAGGGGGUUUAAGCACCGAGAAAAGGGCGGGCUUUAAGGGUUUGGGAGGGAAACCACUGCCGAAAACUUUAUUGACGGAAUCGUAGCUUCUUGAGUGAUAAUAACUGUGGAGCUGCCGGUGGAGAGGAACUGAUAGGGUCUGAGGAGGGUAACUUGAAAAGGCCAUACUCUAUAAAUGUCGAAGCACACUUCUGCAUCAUCUCAUAUUCUCAUUCGCUUCUGCUUCUGCUUCUGCAUGAGAGUUUUCUCCCAAAUUUCAGAAGAUAGAACCACAAAGACGGCAAAACAAUCC